AAAAAAGAAAAAAAAAAAAAAAAGAUACAAUAGCUACCUCAAAAGAUGACUGAAAUUCAAAACGUCGCCAUCUUCGGCGCCUCCGGCAACUUCGGUACCCCUAUCACCGCUGCACUUCAGAAAGCCGGCUUUACCAUAACAAUACUCACAAGAGAGGGCUCACCAUCGACAUUUCCUCCUGGGAUCCCUGUCAUCAGAACAACAUAUACACUUGAAAACCUUGCCUCCGCCCUAGCAGGACAAGAUGCUGCUGUCUGCGUUGUGGGCCCUGCAGGCGUUGGCGCUCAGAUUACCAUGGUCGAGGCCGCAGAAGCGGCGGGUGUAAAGCGGUUUAUUGUCAAUGAUUUUGGCUGGGGUCCUGACUUCCGCGGGAUGCCGGAGUUCCGAGCGAUUCAUGCUCGUCGCCGCGCGGGUUGGGACUAUGCAAAAGCCAAAGCGGAGAAUAAUAAGGAAUUUACAUGGACGGGAAUUACCACGGGAAACCCGAUUGAUUGGGCUUUGAAACGAUUCCCCAUGAUGGGCUUUGAUCUCAUCAACCAAUCGGCCAUCAUCUACGACUCGGGUACGGAAGGGUUUACCGGAACCACUUUGGAAGGCAUCGGACAAGCGAUUGUAGGUGUAUUGCAGCAUCCUCGGGAAACUGCCAAUCGAUUUGUCAAGGUUCGGUCAAUUAUGACUAGUCAGAACGAGUUAUUGGAGGCCUUCCAGACCGCAACGGGGAGGCAAUGGGAUGUCCAGCGGAGGUCUACGCAGGAUCUGAUUAAAAGUGGGCAAUCGAAGUUCCGGGAUGGGAUUAGCGGUUGGGUUUUGGACUUAGCGGUAGCUCAACUCUUUGAGCCUGGUCAGGCUCGAUGUGUUGUCGCACUCUCAAGAGAGGAAUCUGAUGCAGAGCUAUUGGGAAUUUUGGAGGAGAGUCCAUAUGACGUAGCGAGGACAUGUUUGGGACUUUGAUGGUCACCUAGCAUAGCUCCGUGGAAGCUCUGGAGAUAUAUUGAAUUGAG